UCCGAGCGCUUGCGUAGUACGCAUCUUUGUAAAUGGUCGUGCGGUUAUUUAAACGACUAAAUGAAAAACAAAACUACAAAACAGUGCAGAAAAAGAUUCGAUCCAUGAGGGGAAAACACAUGAAAACAAGUCUGGCUGACGGAUUGCAUAUGUUCCUUUCCGGGAAUGCCCCACAGAAAUAAAAGACGUGCGAGCCGCCAGCACUCCUGCAGUGUUUGGGAAAGUUCACGCCAACGCCGCUGCAGUUGCACUCGGUUACACCCAUACCGACAAAGUGGUGCUGCGCUCCGGUGAUGGCUGAUCUCACCGUCUCCCUGUUCUUUACCCUGAUUGUCAUAGUCAUUUGUUUUUUGUUCCUAACCAAAAGAAAAAGGUUAGAUGGAGAGCCACCCCUAGAGAAUGGGUGGCUUCCAUUUAUUGGAGUUGCAUUGCAGUUUCAAAGAAAUCCUCUUGAAUUUCUUACAUCAAGAAAAAGAAGAUAUGGGGAUGCUUUUACCUGUAGAAUUGCUGGAAAAUACUUCACUUUCAUAUUAGACCCUUUUUCAUACAAUGCUGUGAUUCGCCAGGGCAAGAACCUAAAUUUCCAAAAGUUUGCGAUUGCAGCUUCACUAAAGGUAUUUGGCCAUGCAGAUUUUUCUGACCCAAAAUAUAACAUAUCAUAUGAGGAGAUUCAUCCAAUUUUUCGACAGACACUUCAGGGUGCAGCCUUACAACCACUAACGCUCAGCAUGAUGAAAAACCUUCAAUUUGUUAUGCAAAAAAGUAAAGCUUAUGACUGGACCACAGAAGGAGUAUACAGCUUUGCAUUUAAAAUCAUGUUUGAGGCUGGUUAUCUGACAUUGUUUGGAAGAAAUGAAUAUUUGCUUGCAGAAGACAAUGCAGAAGAAGCCCAGGAGGCUUGGAUGACGAGAAUCAUGGAUGAUUUCAAAGUGCUUGAUAAUGCUUUUCCACAUAUUGUUGCAGGUGUUCCAAUAUUCCUCCUCUGGAAGGUAAAGGCAGCAAGAGAAGAUUUAGCAGGAAAAUUCCUACACGAAUAUUUGAAGAAAAACACAAAUCUUUCAGAAUUGAUAGAGAAGCGAAUUAACAUUUUUGAUAGAAUAAAAAAUCUAGAUGAAGUGAACAAGGCAAGAACACAUGUGGCUAUGCUAUGGGCUUCACAAGCCAAUACACUGCCUGCCACAUUCUGGAGCUUGUUUUAUAUGCUCAGGUCACCUGAAGCAUUGAGGGAAGCAAGAAAAGAGGUAGAACAGUUACUUCAAGACACCAAUCAGAGUACUGAGACACAAGUUUGCUUUACUAAAGAUCAUCUAGACAACAUGACAGUUUUAGGCAGUAUAAUUGAUGAAGCUUUACGUCUGUCAAGUGCCUCCAUUAUGAUUCGUGUUGCCAAUGAAAAUUUCAUUCUUACGUUGGACUCCCGUGAAGAGAUUAAGAUUCGCAAAGGUGACUGCAUUGCUCUGUAUCCUCAGAUGAUACACUUGGACCCCGAGAUAUAUGAAGAUGCAAAGGAGUUUAAAUAUAAUCGAUUUUUGGAUGAGAAUGGACAAAGGAAGACAUGUUUUCUUAAAAACGGAAGAAAAUUUAAGAGUUUCCUCUUGCCUUUCGGAGCAGGUAUAAGUGAAUGCCCAGGCCGAUUUUUUGCAGUCAAUGAAAUUAAACAGUUUUUAGCCCUAAUUCUUUGCCAUUAUGACCUAGAACUACAAAACAUGGAUAUUCCUCCCUUGGACAAUUCAAGGGCUGGUUUUGGCAUACUGCAGCCCAAGUACGAUGUUCAAUUUAGAUACAAACUUAAGAGAAAGAAUCGCGAGAAGCUGUAAAAAAGUAAAAGUAAAUUUCACCUAAGGAGUAAAUUGUUAACACCACAACAAUGUGAAUUAUUUGAACUUUACAUAUAUGGUGAUAAAUUUAGCCUUGGAAUAAACAUCAUAUGGCAAGGUCAUUGAUCAGAAUAUGAAACAGCUGGUUGAAUAGUUGAAACACCUAACAAGUACAAUUCUAGUGUAUUCAGUUCACAGUGCAUUCUUGGAUCAUCUUCCCAUUCAUCUAUUCCUCAUCUGUUCAGGAUUACUUUCUUAUGAUAAACUAUUGUUCACAUGGCACAUAAACUAUAGUCUUAACUGCAUUACAGCAUCAAGUAAAAAAAAAAAUCUUGCAUUUGUAGUUUUUAUUAUUUUGUAUUACUAGAUCAGCUAAUAUGUUUAGCAAGCAAAGUAAAUCCAUGUAUUGAAGAGCAAUAAAAUACACAUAUAUAAAAGAAAACAAACAAGCAAGCUGAUUGCCCCCUGGUAGCCAUAAUAGUCCAUUACAGAUAUAAAAUCCAUAUUUGUUUUUCCCUUUCCCUUUCUGCUCAAGCGGAUUAAACAAGAAAGAUGUAGCAAGCAAUGGCAAGACCAAAGAAACUUGAGUUAAACCUAUCUGCAUGAGUGGGUAUGACUAAAUAAGAAUUGUAUUCUCCUUAUCUGGAUUAAAUAUUGCAGUUUUUUUUACCAUAUACUUAAUCUUUCUCCCACCAUUUCAAUCGCCACUAAUGUCAGUUGAAUGGUGCUAGAAUCACUUGAUGAAUUAUAAAAUCCGCUCAACAUGCCAGGAUUUGUUUUAAAAUGCUCAUAUGUAAGAACAAAAGAAUAUAAGAAAUUUGACAAACAAGAGGAAACCAUUGAGUCAUUCAAGCUUGCUUGUUUAGCUAAUAGCUAAGAUGUCUCAAUAGCUCAUCCAGACACUUCUUAAAAGUUGUCAAAGUGUCUGCUUCGACUGCAUGUCUCGGUAGUUUGUUCCAUAACUCUUCAUGUAAAGAAGUGCUUACUGGCUUAAAUACUCCUAACCUUAAUUCCCAAAAAAAAAAAAUUAUAAAUUGUAAUGUUUUAAUGUGUAAAUGUCUAACCAUUUCUUCACCUUUGCCAGAAGGUCACUCUUGGGUAAUGUUUUAAGUUACUUUCUAUUAUGGUAAUACGUCGAAGCCUCUGAUUUGUAAAUAAACUUUUUUUUUGUUUGGAAAAUUGUAAAAUAAACUGCAGAAAGUGAAACUGCCAUUGUAUACAGUGUAACUGUCUGAUAGGCUAAAUUUAACAUCUGCAUUUUUAAUCACGUUCUAUACAUAUAGCAAACCUUAUAUUAUUCUACAUUGUUAAUCUUCUCAUUGUUUUACUCUUUUAGCAUGACCUAGGAUUGCCUGGUAUAUAAUACAGUGCAGUACAGUUUUAUCCUGCAGUUUGUAUUCACAUAUUCUGCUUUUUACAACAGAAUUAAUCAUUUCUCCUUUUAAUGGGAUCACUUUUUAAAAUGUGAUACAGGUCUGUGAUCUUGAUAUUUUUUAUAUGUUAUAACUGUGAAAACUGGUGUUGCAUGGCCUCUUUGUUAUGGUCACAAGUGUCUCUGCAAUGUCGUCUCUUUGCACUUUAUUCACCUCUCUUAUAGUAGACAUGAAUGAUAGACUUCUAGUUCUUAUGUCUUUUAUUGUAGCUCACCAAAGUUAUUAAUAAGGCAGGAAACGGUGCCAAAAGCACAAGAAAAUUGCACCAUAAAGACUACUUAAAAUAUAUCCAUGCAACACUGUGAUAAAAAAUAACAAAUGAUGAAAAUGUGACUUUAAACAUGGUGGUAAAAAAAACUUUAUACACCAAACUUCUGCAAUAAAAAUAAUGUACUAAGAAUGAAGUCAGCAUUAAAUUUAAUUGUGAAACAUAUUCCAGCUCAUAGUUAUCUCAUAAUGUAUGUUGCUGCUGUGAAAAUUACCCUUGGUGGUUUGUAAAUACUGUAAAGUAUAUGAUUCUCAAAAUAAACCAAUAAUCCCUUAA